UCCUGGUGCAGGCUGCUGGCACACCCCAAGAGGGUGUGGACCGUGUAUUGAAUAUAUGAUAGCCAACUAGGGCAGAGAGCAAAAGAACUGGUUGGAAGAAUAAUGACAGCACAGGAAGAUGAAUCUCCAGUUCAGCAAUUCUAGUCCCAGCUCUUUUGCUGUGUGAACUUAGCUAAGUGUCUUCCUCUUUGUAGGCACCAGUCUGUAUUUGUAAAAUGAAGGCUUGGAUUGGCUGGUCUCUAAAGUCCCCUCCAGGAUUGAUGCUCUGGGAUUCUGUGAUCGGUGUGAAGACUGGGCAUCAGUGGAAGGAAACAGGGAACCUGGUCAGUGUCCCCAACAUCAGAAGGGCUGCCAUGGGCAGAGGAUACAGACUUGUCCUUCAGGGGUCCGGAGGGCAGAAGCAAGACUGGAAGGAAGCAAAUAUUAGCCCAAGAAUGGGAAGAACUUCAACGGCUGGAGCAGUUCAACUCAAACUAGCUGCCUGAGAAGAGCAUAGUUCUUCCCAGUCAUGGAAAAGUUCAAGCAAAGGGAGGUGGUCAUCCCAGAGCUGGAACACAGGGAGUCAGAGGAAAAAUAUUUGUGAAUUUGUUCCUAGCAUUAUCUGAAGACAAGAUAGUCUACCAGGGACUGAAGACAUGAAGUGUCACAGAUACAAAGCCCGACUGUUUACCGCAAGACUGUGGACACCCCACGGCAGAGAACUGCUAAACUUCAUUCCAUGGACGUUGAGCACCUGUUUAUGUUAAUUUCAGGUAAAUGGAAGAGCUGGAGGCCAGUUUAUUCCAGACACGAAAAGCACACCGAAUAGAACAAAUGGUGGCGAGAUGGCUUCGGCGCUCCCAGGACAGCUCGGCCAGAGCUAAAGUUGCUGCAGCUGAUGGGCCCCCUGGGGUCCCAAUUCAGACCUUCACACCGGUGAAGCGCACAGUAAAAAUAGACAAAGAUGCCCUCCUCCAAGACUAUGGAUUUCACAUUUCCGAGAGCCUUCCCCUCACGGUGGUGGCCGUCACAGCAGGAGGCUCUGCUCAUGGCAAGCUUUUCCCUGGUGAUCAGAUCCUCCAAAUGAACAAUGAGCCCCCUGAAGCCCUUUCCUGUGAACGAGCGAUCGAUAUCCUGAGGGAAGCUGAAGAUUCACUUUCAAUCACAGUUCUCCGCGGCACGUUGGGAGCUCCCAAGUCAUCCUUCCUGACUGAGGAGAAGAGAGCCAGGCUAAAGACCAACCCCGUGAAGGUGCACUUUGCUGAGGAGGUGCUCGUCAGUACACACAGCCAGGGUAAUUCUUUGCUGUGUAUGCCCAAUGUGCUCAAGUUGUACUUGGAGAAUGGACAGACCAAAGCAUUCAAGUUUGAAGCAAAUACAACUGUGAAGGACAUCAUCCUCACAGUGAAGGAGAAGCUGUCGAUCCGGAGUAUGGAGUACUUUGCGCUGGCACUGGAAGAGCAGUACAACAUCUCACGGCUGCACCUGCUGCACGAGGAGGAGCUCAUCCAGCAGGUGGUGGAAAGGGAGGAGUCACAUGACUACCGCUGCCUCUUCAGAGUGUGUUUUGUUCCCAAGGACCCCCUGGACCUCCUGAAAGAAGACCCGGUGGCCUUUGAAUACCUUUACCUGCAGAGUUGCAGUGACGUGCUCCAGGAGCGCUUUGCUGUAGAAAUGAAAUGUAGCUCUGCGCUCCGACUUGCAGCCCUGCACAUCCAGGAGCGGAUCUAUGCAUGUGCCCAGCCACAGAAGAUCUCUUUGAAGUACAUAGAGAAAGACUGGGGAAUAGAGAACUUUAUAUCUCCAACUUUACUGCGAAACAUGAAGGGCAAAGACAUCAAGAAAGCCAUUAGCUUCCACAUGAAGAGAAACCAGAAUUUGCUAGAACCCCGACAAAAGCAACUUAUUUCUGCUGCCCAGCUACGUUUAAAUUAUCUCCAGAUCCUCGGGGAACUCAAGACAUAUGGUGGGAAAAUCUUUAAUGCUACUUUAAUGUUACAGGAUAGAGAAUCCUACAUUGCCCUUCUGGUUGGAGCCAAGUAUGGGAUUAGCCAAAUUAUCAACAGCAAGCUCAACAUCAUGUCCACGUUGGCAGAGUUUGCAAACAUCAGCCGUGUGGAGCUGACAGAAGAGUCUGAGAAAGUGAGCAUGGUCAAAGUGUAUCUUCAGGAUGUCAAGGUUCUCACUUUGCUGCUGGAAUCCAACAGUGCGAAAGACCUAGCCUGCCUGGUUGCUGGGUACUACAGACUGUUUGUUGACCCCGUUACUUCCGUUUUCCUCUGGCCGGGAAACAAACAACAGGUGCACCGGGUAUCUGCUGAAGAAGGCUAUGAAUCCAGGGCAUGCAGCGACUCAGAGGAGUCCUCCGAAGUAGACUGUGUGCUGGAGCCUCUCUCUGACAGACACCUGCUGAUGCUGGGCCCCUGCAGACUGCUUGUAAAAGAGGAACAGCCUCCUGGGGACAGUCCCAUGCCUGAGGCGGCCAGGAAAGGCCCAAGCCCCUGCGGGGUCAGCAGCAUGACAGACAGCGCUGAGUCCGAGGCAUCUGACUCGGCCAACACCGAGAGCCGAGGCUGUAGGACCAGUGGCUCCAGUGAGUCCGUGGAUGCCCUGGAAGAGGACGACUUUGACGUCUGCUCCUCCAGCCGGUCCAGCUUCUUCCACUUUGCCUCGCCAGGCUUCCCAGAGGGUCUUGAUCCCAACAACCAAGAGGAGAGAAGCAGGGUUGAAACCAGCGGCUUCCUCUGUCUCCUGGACCUGGCACAGACACCCAACCCUCCAUGCCAGAAGACAGAGCUUUCCGAGAGUCCCACUCCUGAAACGUUCAGCUGGGGACCUGAACUGAGUGCAGCCAGGCUGGACCCCAGGCUGCAUGAGGGCAGCAGGACCGACUACUACAGCCUGUGCUCCAGGGUCUCCCCUGCCACCCACCUGAGCGACAGCUCGGAGAGCACAGCUUCCCAGCAAGGUGGGAACCUGCCGGCCUUGGGGCAGCAGGGCUGGACAGAGGCCCAGCCCAGCUCUAGACUGGAAGCCCUGGCCUUUGAGGAAGGCAGCUCGGAUGAGGAAUAUUAUGAUGCAGCUGACAAGCUCACACCCCCUGACGUCCUCUCAGGGCCCAGAGCUAUGUCUGCUGGAGAACCCAGUGCCACAGGCUUGCAGAAUAAGGCUAGUUCUUGCAGCCCUGAGGACAGCCUGAAUCCCCCAGAUGGAAGACAGCCAAGCAGAAGGGGAGGAGUGAAGAAGUAUGCAAAGACUCUGAGAAAAAGAAGGUCUUUCCUACAGACUGACUACACCUGUCAGGUCUCAUUUCCCCUGGUGCCAUCAGCCUCCCUGGAGAGCAUGGACGACUUGUGCUACUAUAACCGGCAGCCCUAUCUGGCCCUCAGUGCACCCUCGCCUACUGUGUCCUCUCUGCAGAACAUGCAAGGUGAGCCCACCCUCCUGGAAACCAAGGCCCUGGGGCUGCUGGCUCCCCUGAGGGAGACCAAGAGCAAAAGCCCAGCCUCCCGGAUCAUGGAGAUGGAGCCUGAGACCAUGGAAACCAAGUCAGUCAUCGACUCUCGAGUGUCUUCUAUUUCUGCCAUUCGCCUCCGGAUUGACCCCAACCAUGAAGAAAAUUCUGAGAUUGCCCCUUUGACUGCUACUGUUGCCAGUUCCCCCACAAGCAGCCCUCACUGUUCCAACCCAGGCUCAUCUAGCCCAGACACAACUCAGGCAGGACCUUCCCAAACCUUAUCUCCAUCUCAAGACUCAGAUGGUAGUGCCCCCAAAGAACUUGCUGCAGAGCUUGGGGAUAGUACCUCCUCCCUUUCUGGUGCUGGCCCAAACCCAAACACAGUCUGCUUGGCCAUCAGCCCAGGGCCACAUACUGGCUCUCAAGGAGAUACACUAGAGCUGGGAGGAGCCCAGUUAGAAACAGGACUGGGAUCCUUGCUGGCAAAUCAUAUGCAAGAAACUGCCCCCAAAUACAUAGGCCCUUUAUUGUAUACUCAGGAUAGGCCUGCAAGUGGUGAAUGUGGAAUUAAUCCAGGAGAGAAGACAACUUCUUUCCCUACAAAGGAGGAAGAACAAGAACAACUCUCUUUGGAACAUGAUGGAGAAGUUACAAACAGAAAUGGCAACGACUUAUUACAUGAUGAACCUGGGGAGGAUUCGGGUGAUGCCAAGGGUGCCACAUCAGAUGCUGUCGCACAGACAAUCAGUGCACCAGCUGGUGGAGUAACAGCUGCCCUCUCCUUGGGGACUCCUGUAACAGGGACUCAGCAGACCCCAGCACGUUCCCCCACAAGCCCCCAGGAGCAAAGCAGAGAAGCCCCAGGCCCAGCCAGGGAGAAACAGAAACUUUGGGCAGAGCUGGAUUUAGACCCUGAUUUCUUACUUCAGGACCAGACUGUUCCAUCAGGCUUCCCACUAGUGGUGGUCAAAGCAGAGCCACUUAACCACAUGAUGGGGGAAGAUACCAUCCCUAGGGACACUCUUCAGCAGGCCUGUUUGAAUACAGGAAAUUCUCUGCCAAACUUACUACCGUGUCCCCAAGAGGAGCCCCACUUAGAAAGUUUAAGCCAUUGUUCUCUGUCAGAAAGCAAAGAGAAAAGCCCUAGCAUCUGCCUUCCUGCUGAGAAGGCUUUCCUGUGCUUUGUACCAGAAACCCAUCCUAAAGUUUCCGCCAGUCUCAGGAUGGCCACAUCUUUGGGGUUUGCAGGUAUGAAUGAGAUGGUGGCACCCAGGAUUGGGAUGGAGCAGUGCAGCUGCCAGUUCUCCUAUGCCACAUGCUUCCAUGGCCUGCAGCCAGAGACAGAGGAAGAAGACAGGGACUUGGAAGCACAGCCCACAGCCCCCCUCACAUCACCUCCCUCUGCAGGGAGCUGGUUGGCCCUGCCCUGGAGGCCUGCCAGGGCCCACAGCUGCAGUGCCCAGCCCCUGUUGAGGAAUAGGCACAUCUGGCCAGAGUACUGCUCCAGGGCUCUCAGACAGCUGAGAGCUUCCCCUGCCGGCACUGCUGAGGCCUUCAUCCAACUCAUGGAGAACUUGCUGGAAUUACAAGACAUUUUAGAAGCAUCCUGGGGGAAUGGGAACAAACACCCCCCAGAGAAGUGCACCUGGCAUUUUUCUGAAAGCCGGGGCCGCCUCUGCCUGGGCUCCCAGAAGCUUCUGUCAAGCUGUCAGCAUGUGAUCAGAAUGGACCAGUCCCCAGAAGAGAUGCAGGGUGCUGUGCGUGACACCUUCCAGCACCUGGUCCAGCUGGCUAGCAUGUGCUUCCAGUUCACACACUGCAACCGCUGCUCUGCCCGGCACAGGGAAGUGGUGGGGAACCUGAGGGAUGUGGUGUACACCUAUCACCAGUUUGUGAAGGCUGCUAAGGUGACCUGUGAAAGAGGCUACCACGACCUGAGUGUGAAACUCUUGGCGCGUCAGUGCACAGCCCUCACGGCUGCUGUGUUCUGUCUGACCCAGAAGUUCCGGGCAUCCACUGCCCUGUGAGCAGGCCCUUUGCCCAAGCCCCAAGCCCUGCCCUGUCUUGGACACUUUUCUGAGAGGCUCCUUCCAUUCUUCCACCCAACCCUCUCAAAUGUUUACUGUUUAGAGUAUUCAAAUAAACUCCUGCUUAAUCUUG